CCUGUAACGGGAACCACGCCCCCUGAUGAGAGCAGCCAAUCAGGACUUGGGGUGAUGGCUUCUCCAUUGUGAAGAACUGGCCUUUGACAUCUGAGUCUUGGAAUUCUGGGUAGAGCAAGGAAAGGAGCAGUGGCCUGGGUCUUUGUUUUCAAAACACUUGGACCUGUAUUUUUCUGAGUGGAAAAAUCAUGGGCCCGAAACCGGAAGUCCAACCUGCCCCAGAUGCUCCACCUGCCCCGGCUGCUCCACCUGCCCCAGCUGCUCCACCUGCCCCAGGUGCUCCAGCUGAUGCUGGUGCUCCACCUGUCCCGGAUAAGGGUCCUAAACAGACACCCGAAGAACUGGCCUUUUAUGCUCCGAAUUAUUUAUGUUUGACCAUCUUCGCUGUAAUUCUUUGCCCUCCCUUGGGAUUCAUCGGUAUCUACUUCUGCUAUAAGACCUCAGUUGCCAACCGGAACAGCAAAUGGGAAGAAGCUUACAGCAACUCAGGCCGAACUGGUUACGUAGAUGUAAUGGCCAUACUCAUUGGUUUGGGCCUCAUUUACAGAUUUACCCUAUUUGAAUGAAGGCCAAGCACAGCAUGCCAGGGGUUUACACCCCAACAGGGUGUAUAACCAACCAACACCACCAAGACACUGACCAGCCACCGUGCAAGAAACUCAACGGUUGACUCAUUACAUUACCUAGCCAAGAAAUGUGCCACCAACCAAGGAACACAACAUUCAAGCAACCUAGCACCCUAGAAACAACUAGGCCUCCUGCCUGUACCAUUUCAGCUCUCCUGGCCUCCGGAGGUAUCUUCAUCCACCUUGGGAUCCAUAUGUCAGCAUCCUACAUUCUCUUAGUUCCUUGACACUGGGCUGCUCUCUCAGGAAAAGA